UAGCCCACUCACCUACUACGUUUAUAUUGAAACGCUUUCCCCGCGAAACAGCAAAUACAAACUAACCUUUCCUGUUUCCCCCCUAAUUAUUAUUGUUGUAAUAAUAAUAAUAAUAAUGAGUCUAGACACUCUAUUUGAGCAAAUUUUAUUGACAGAGCAGCAGGUUUCAGAAAAUAUCAAGCAGCUUCAUGAAGUUAAAGCUGCCAUCAAGAGUGUACAGGACAAAAUAAACUCCUCACGUGAAAAACUGGAGGUAGCACAUCGUGAACUGGAUGAGAAGUCUCAGCUCCUGGCUGAAACCAAACUGCAGUUUGUAUUGAUGACAAAGCAACAAGAUCAGCUGGAAAGGCAGAAAGAGGAACUCCUUGGACUGCAGAGAGAUCUCAAAGAAAACCUGGACAGACUGAAAAGAGAAUCAUGUGAAGAAAGAGAGAAAUUCUUGAAGGACAUGAUAACUUUCAACAAUGAAUUCAACCUAAUCAGCAACAGAAAUGCUGUUUUUCACACCCAAACCCUAUCUAAAAUCCAGAGCUUAGAGCUUGAAGCUCAAACUCUACACAAAGAGAUGGACUUGCUGAAGCAAAAGAACACUUUGCUAAGCUCCAUGAAAGAAGAGAAAAGGUCACUAGAAGCUGAGCUCCAGGAAAUACAAUCACAGCUUACAGUUUUCUGUUCAUCUGCAGAUACAGAGAGAAAUCUGAAGGAAGCAGUAGCUCUGACAGAGAGUUUGAAGACAGAGAGGCUCAUGGUCCGUCAGAAACCCUUGACAGACAGCACCUGUAUUAGACUCAAGAAAGAGCUGGAGUUAUAUAAAGAAGAAGAGCUUGAGCUUCUGCGAGAGACCCUCAGCUCUGAGAUUCACUCCAUGCAACUGAAGUUAUCACAGAAGGGCAUAUUUUGUUGAGAGUGCUUCAGUGAGACUUCAGCGUGUGCUUCAAACACCCUCUGUGUUUCGUAGGCUUUUAAAUGGUUUUAUUCAGUUGGUCAUAUACUUCAUGUAGAGUUUAAACAAUUUUGUAACAAUUAUAGAUUAGAUAUUGCUUAUUUGUACUAUUAAAAAAGUUUAACUAAACAUGCUCUUUCUAGAGUAGAAAUGUUCUUCUUAUUAGAUGCCUGUCUUCAUCUCACGCAAGACAUUGAUUCUGUGUUAAACAGUCACACUGCAGUUUUAUCUAAAAUGUUGAUAAUACUGACAUCUAGUGGUUUUGUUGCAACAAUUCAUCCCCAUAGAGAACAUUUGAAUUAGUUUUUAUCUAUGCUUGCAAAUAGACUAAAUUGCAUUCAUCUAAUUUCCAAAAAUAGGUUGCUUCUUGGUUAUUAAAUAUGUCAUUAAACAUUUUGGACACAAAUGGAAAUUGACUAUUUUUGCUGUCUAAAGAAAAUCACUCAUGAUUUCUCAGCAUGGUGGAAUGUUGCACGUCUAGCAAUCAUGUUUAAAAUGAACAGGGACAGAUUCAUUGACCUCAGGCUAUGAUUGUUAAAAUUGGACUGGUGCACAUCUGCUAUUAAGAUGAUCUGUCUGAUUCUUGUCUCCUCCUAAGACCCCAAUGGGAAGAUUAUUGCAGCCACGGAAAUUAAAUCCUCUGAACCUUAUUAAUAAUAGGCUGCUUUAUUUUCAAAUUGUCUGAGCAUAUUUAAUUGUAUACUGUAAAAUUGCUUAGAUUUUUUUAAAUCUUCCCACAGCAUUUAGAACUUCUAAUACUUAGAAUAAAAAAUA